AUGGGCAAGAAGUGGAGGGACGCGGGCGAGAUGGAGCGAGGCUGCUCUGAUCGCGAGGGCAGCGCGGAGAGCCGCCGGCGCAGCCGCAGCGCCAGCCGGGGCAGGUUUGCCGAGUCGUGGAAAAGGUUAAGUUCCAAGCAGGGGUCCACCAAGCGCUCGGGACUGCCAGCACAGCAGACACCGGCUCAGAAAUCCUGGAUUGAAAGAGCAUUUUAUAAAAGAGAAUGUGUUCACAUCAUACCCAGCACCAAAGACCCCCAUAGGUGUUGCUGUGGGCGCCUGAUAGGCCAGCAUGUCGGACUCACUCCCAGUAUCUCUGUGCUUCAGAAUGAGAAAAAUGAGAGUCGCCUCUCCCGAAAUGACAUCCAGUCUGAGAAGUGGUCUAUCAGCAAACACACUCAGCUCAGCCCAACAGAUGCUUUUGGGACUAUUGAGUUCCAAGGAGGCGGUCAUUCCAACAAAGCCAUGUAUGUCCGAGUAUCUUUUGAUACGAAACCUGAUCUCUUGCUACACCUGAUGACCAAGGAAUGGCAACUAGAGCUCCCCAAACUUCUCAUCUCUGUGCACGGAGGCCUGCAGAACUUUGAACUCCAGCCCAAGCUCAAGCAAGUCUUCGGGAAAGGGCUCAUCAAAGCAGCCAUGACAACUGGAGCCUGGAUCUUCACUGGAGGGGUCAACACAGGUGUCAUCCGUCAUGUGGGAGAUGCCUUGAAGGACCACGCAUCUAAGUCUCGAGGGAAGAUAUGCACCAUAGGUAUCGCACCCUGGGGAAUUGUGGAAAACCAGGAAGACCUGAUCGGAAGAGAUGUAGUCCGACCAUACCAGACCAUGUCAAACCCUAUGAGCAAACUCACCGUUCUCAAUAGCAUGCACUCCCACUUCAUCCUGGCUGACAAUGGGACCACGGGAAAAUACGGGGCCGAGGUGAAACUCCGCCGACAACUGGAAAAGCACAUUUCACUCCAGAAGAUAAACACAAGAAUCGGUCAAGGGGUUCCAGUGGUGGCCCUCAUCGUGGAAGGAGGACCCAAUGUGAUCUCAAUUGUUUUGGAAUACCUUCGAGACACCCCUCCUGUACCAGUCGUGGUCUGCGAUGGCAGUGGACGGGCAUCCGACAUCCUGGCAUUUGGGCAUAAAUAUUCAGAAGAAGGCGGACUUAUCAAUGAAUCUUUGAGGGACCAGCUGUUGGUGACAAUACAGAAGACCUUCACGUACACCCGCACCCAAGCCCAGCACCUGUUCAUCAUCCUCAUGGAAUGCAUGAAGAAGAAGGAACUGAUCACAGUGUUUCGAAUGGGAUCAGAAGGCCACCAGGACAUUGAUUUAGCUAUCCUGACAGCACUACUCAAAGGAGCCAAUGCAUCCGCCCCAGACCAGCUGAGCUUAGCAUUAGCCUGGAACAGAGUUGACAUCGCUCGCAGCCAGAUCUUUAUUUACGGGCAGCAGUGGCCGGUAGGGUCCCUGGAGCAAGCCAUGCUGGAUGCCCUAGUCCUGGACAGAGUGGACUUUGUGAAAUUACUCAUAGAAAACGGAGUAAGCAUGCACCGUUUUCUCACCAUCUCCAGACUAGAGGAACUGUACAAUACGAGACAUGGGCCCUCAAAUACAUUGUACCACUUGGUCAGGGAUGUCAAAAAGCGAGAGUAUCCAGGUUUCGGUUGGAUCUAUUUUAAGGGAAACCUGCCCCCGGACUACAGAAUCAGCCUGAUAGACAUUGGCCUGGUGAUCGAGUACCUGAUGGGCGGGGCUUACCGCUGCAACUACACGCGCAAGCGCUUUCGGACCCUCUACCACAAUCUCUUUGGCCCCAAAAGGCCCAAAGCCUUGAAACUGCUGGGAAUGGAGGAUGAUAUCCCCCUGCGGAGAGGAAGAAAGACAACUAAGAAACGUGAGGAAGAGGUGGACAUAGACUUGGAUGACCCUGAGAUUAACCACUUCCCAUUCCCCUUCCAUGAGCUGAUGGUGUGGGCUGUCCUCAUGAAGAGGCAGAAGAUGGCCCUGUUCUUCUGGCAGCAUGGAGAGGAGGCCAUGGCCAAAGCCCUGGUGGCCUGCAAACUCUGCAAAGCCAUGGCUCAUGAGGCUUCUGAGAAUGAUAUGGUGGAUGACAUUUCCCAAGAGCUGAACCACAACUCCAGGGACUUUGGCCAGCUGGCUGUGGAGCUUUUGGACCAGUCCUACAAGCAGGAUGAGCAGCUGGCCAUGAAGCUGCUGACGUAUGAGUUGAGGAACUGGAGCAAUGCCACAUGCCUGCAGCUGGCGGUGGCGGCCAAGCACCGCGACUUCAUCGCACACACGUGCAGCCAGAUGCUACUUACCGACAUGUGGAUGGGACGGCUCCGCAUGCGAAAGAACUCAGGCCUCAAGGUAAUUCUGGGAAUUCUACUUCCUCCUUCAAUUCUCAGCUUGGAGUUCAAGAACAAAGAUGACAUGCCCUAUAUGACUCAGGCCCAAGAAAUUCAUCUCCAAGAGAAGGAGCCGGAGGAACCAGAGAAGCCCACAAAGGAAAAAGAUGAAGAGGACAUGGAGCUAACAGCAAUGUUGGGACGAAACAAUGGGGAGUCAUCCAGAAAGAAAGAUGAAGAAGAAGUUCAAAGCAGGCAUCGACUAAUCCCCGUGGGCCGAAAAAUCUAUGAGUUCUACAACGCACCCAUCGUGAAGUUCUGGUUCUACACUCUGGCGUACAUUGGCUACCUGAUGCUCUUCAAUUACAUCGUGCUGGUGAAGAUGGAGCGCUGGCCUUCCACUCAGGAAUGGAUCGUCAUCUCCUACAUCUUCACUCUGGGAAUAGAGAAGAUGAGAGAGAUCCUGAUGUCAGAGCCGGGCAAGCUGCUGCAGAAAGUGAAAGUGUGGCUGCAGGAGUACUGGAACGUCACGGACCUCAUCGCCAUCCUCCUCUUCUCAGUGGGAAUGAUCCUUCGUCUUCAAGACCAGCCCUUCAGGAGUGACGGGAGGGUCAUCUACUGUGUGAACAUCAUUUAUUGGUAUAUCCGUUUACUAGACAUCUUCGGCGUGAACAAGUAUCUGGGCCCAUACGUAAUGAUGAUUGGGAAAAUGAUGAUAGACAUGAUGUACUUUGUCAUCAUUAUGCUGGUGGUGCUGAUGAGCUUUGUCGCCAGGCAAGCCAUUCUCUUUCCCAAUGAGGAGCCAUCUUGGAAACUGGCCAAGAAUAUCUUCUACAUGCCUUAUUGGAUGAUUUAUGGGGAAGUGUUUGCUGACCAGAUAGACCCUCCCUGUGGACAGAACGAGACCCGAGAGGAUGGCAAGACAAUCCAGCUGCCCCCGUGCAAGACAGGAGCAUGGAUUGUGCCAGCCAUCAUGGCCUGCUACCUCUUGGUAGCGAACAUCCUUCUGGUCAACCUCCUUAUUGCUGUCUUCAACAAUACAUUUUUUGAGGUCAAGUCGAUAUCCAACCAAGUAUGGAAAUUUCAGAGGUACCAGCUCAUCAUGACUUUCCAUGAGAGACCAGUUCUGCCUCCACCGCUCAUCAUCUUCAGUCACAUGACCAUGAUAUUCCAGCAUGUGUGCUGCCGAUGGAGGAAGCAUGAGAGUGACCCGGAUGAAAGGGACUACGGCCUGAAACUCUUCAUAACUGAUGAUGAGCUCAAGAAAGUACAUGAUUUUGAAGAGCAGUGCAUAGAGGAAUAUUUCAGAGAGAAGGAUGACCGCUUCAAUUCAUCCAACGAUGAGAGGAUACGGGUUACGUCAGAAAGGGUGGAGAACAUGUCCAUGAGGCUGGAGGAAGUCAAUGAGAGAGAACAUUCCAUGAAGGCUUCACUCCAGACUGUGGACAUCCGGCUAGCACAGCUGGAGGAUCUCAUCGGGCGCAUGGCCACUGCCCUGGAGCGCCUAACAGGUCUGGAGCGGGCAGAGUCUAACAAAAUCCGCUCAAGGACCUCCUCAGACUGCACAGACGCAGCCUACAUCGUCCGCCAGAGCAGCUUCAACAGUCAGGAAGGGAACACCUUCAAACUUCAAGAGAGUAUAGACCCUGCAGGUGAGGAGACCAUGUCCCCAACUUCUCCAACCUUAAUGCCCCGUAUGCGAAGCCAUUCUUUCUAUUCGGUCAAUGUGAAAGACAAAGGUGGUAUAGAAAAGUUGGAAAGCAUUUUCAAAGAAAGGUCCCUGAGCUUACACCGUGCUACUAGCUCCCACUCGGUAGCCAAGGAACCCAAAGCUCCUGCAACCCCUGCAAACACCUUGGCCAUUGUUCCCGAUUCCAGAAGGCCAUCGUCAUGCAUAGACAUUUAUGUCUCUGCCAUGGAUGAGCUCCACUGUGAUAUAGACCCUCUGGAUAAUUCCAUGAACAUCCUUGGGCUGGGCGAGCCAAGCUUUUCAGCUCUAGCACCUUCCACAGCCCCUUCAAGCAGUGCCUAUGCAACCCUUGCACCUACAGACCGACCUCCGAGCAGGAGCAUUGAUUUUGAAGACCUCACCUCCAUGGACACUAGAUCUUUUUCUUCAGACUAUACCCACCUCCCAGAAUGCCAAAACCCCUGGGACACAGACCCUCCAAUGUACCAUACCAUCGAGCGUUCCAAGAGUAGCCGCUACCUAGCCACUACACCCUUCCUUCUGGAAGAGGCCCCCAUUGUAAAAUCCCAUAGCUUUAUGUUUUCUCCUUCAAGGAGUUACUACGCCAACUUUGGGGUGCCCGUGAAAACAGCAGAAUACACAAGUAUUACAGACUGUAUCGACACAAGAUGUGUCAAUGCCCCCCAAGCAAUAGCUGACAGAGCCACCUUCCCCGGAGGUCUCGGAGACAAAGUGGAAGAUUUAUCUUGUUGCCACCCUGAGCGAGAAGCAGAGCUGAGCCACCCUAGCUCUGACAGUGAGGAAAAUGAGGCCAGAGGCCGGAGAGCUGCCAAUCCGAUAUCCUCUCAGGAGACUGAAAAUGCAGACAGAACCCUAUCCAACAACAUCACAGUUCCCAAGAUAGAGCGCGCCAACAGCUACUCGGCAGAGGAGCCAAGCGCGCCAUAUGCACAUACCAGAAAGAGCUUCUCCAUCAGUGACAAGCUUGAUAGACAGAGGAACACAGCAAGCCUCCGAAAUCCCUUCCAGAGAAGUAAGUCCUCCAAGCCGGAGGGCCGAGGGGACAGCGUAUCCAUGAGAAGACUGUCUAGAACAUCGGCUUUUCAUAGCUUUGAGAGCAAGCACAACUAAACCAUCUUCCCGUGUGUUGCAGGAGGCUCAAGAAUCCAGCACUAAAAUUCUCCCCAAUGCCCACCACGUUCCCCCUUCCUUGAGUUAGACCUGCUUUUUUCUUAGCUGAGCAAAACAAUGGGAGACAUUAACUCAAAGGUAACCUCUGGGCCACAGGUCAAGCAAUCACUCCGUCUGGCCCAGUGCAAAACACAGGGGUUAAGGCAUGUUCCUAUCUGUUGGGCAGGGAGGGGUAAAGAUGACAGAAAAGGGGCUAGAGACGAAUGGGUGUCACCAGGCACCGCAGAAAGCCAUGAGCUCUGGGGAGCCAGUAGGCUCCAGCACUCUCCAUGCCGACAGGCAUCUUGGGAUUUCGGCCCUGUUAUCAAGAGUCGAGGGCUAAAUUGCAAAAUGAAAUAAAAGUAGCUAGCGUACAAGAUGAGAUAUUCUAAACUUCCAUUCUGUUUUCUUUUCGCAUUGGUUCCAUCACUGGUGACUGAUGAAGAACAUCCUUUUUAUUCAGUAUAAGCCGGCAGCAAGCAGUUCUACCUAACGUCCCACAUCCUUCUCAUGCCAACACCUCUGUAAUUGGUCAUUAUAAAGAAAACCAAGGUAACAGUCAUAUAUACAGUUCACCUGUCUCUUAUCUAUUCACUUCUGGUGCCACAACUGUUUAUCUCUUUAGAAGAAAAUAAGGGAACAGAAAAAUGCCUUUUUUUUUUUUUGUCUUGCGAUCAAAAUGAAAGAAGAAUUGAUGUUGAAAGCAAAAGUCCUAUGAUUUAUAAUAUACCACGGGCAAUCAAGUCUAGUCAAGUAAGCUCAGGAUGAAUGUACUUAGAUAAUUUUAUAUUUCUCAGUUAUUUUGUAUCUCACCUGUCAUCAGAGAAUUCACUCGUCAAAUAUGUAAUAGCGAACUUUAAGGAAAAGGUGGGAAGCGCUAACAUUAAGUUGCCAGUGGGAUGUUGUUAUAGUCUCACCGUUCAUAGUGUGUGACGCUGCUGUGUGGCCUUCAUCACCUGCAUGUCUCCACUAUGUCCUCCAGACGCCUCCAAGAUGUAACUGCCAAAUUUCCACACCGCUCAUCACGUGACCAUUUUGUAUUUGAACACAUGGUUAUAUGUGGAUAUUUUCAUACCUAGAGUUUAGCCAUCCAAUCUGGGCUCAGCAUAAACUUAAUCAGAGUUUUUCAAGGGCUGGUAUCUUUUUUAUGGAAAUGUUCCAAAGUACUUUUUAAGGAAGUUUAAAAAACCAUAAAUAACCUUAGAUUUGACUAGGGGCUUGAUAUCCACCCAAACCCAUCAGUUGCAGGCAGGCCGUGAAUAGGUUUCUUAUUUACAAAGCUAUAAAAAAGAUACAGUAGGGCCAAAAUAGAGAGCAAAUAUAUCAUAUACAGAGUUCUAUAGUUUAUGCUGCUUACAUUACAUCCACAUACAGACACAUGUUUAUAUACAGUAUAUAUACAGACACAUAGAGAUUUCUUAAAAGGCUUGACUUCCUGUCAUCUGACAGUAUAACCAAGAUUAUUUUUUAGUGUCCAAGAAGUUUCACUGGAAAAAGUUUGUUGUGCUAUUGGAUCCACUGUUGAAAUUAUAAUUUUCAGAAAAUUUA